AACCCAAUAUUACGUCUGAAUAACGUCCAGCGCUGCGUGUCUAGCGCAAAAUUUUCUCUGCUGCUGCAAGUGAAGCUUGAAGGGUCGGGCUUUCCGCAAUGGAUAUGGAGGGAGGAGGGUGCCUGAGCUCCUUCAUCGACCAGGGGACGGUGGAGAGCCACCGCCUGUUUCUUGCGCGGCGAACAAUCCUUGAAAUGCUACGUGACCGUGGAUACGUCGUUGCUCCCCCCGAUCUUGAGCUUACUCUUUCCUCCUUCCGGUCGCACUACGGCCAAUGCCCUGAUCUGGAACGUCUUCGAAUCUCCACUAAUCUAGUUUCCGAUCCAUCGAAAAAGAUACUUGUUAUCUUCUGCGGACCUGAACCUGUCAAGUUGGCAACCGUACAAGCUAUUUUCAACCAGUUUGGCAAAGAAAAAUUGUACAGGAUGAUAAUAGUAUUUCAAAACAAAACUACUUCCAAGGCACGAGACUGCACUGAAAAUUUUCCACUGUACAAAGUUGAGACAUUUCAAAUCACUGAAUUACUGAUCAACAUCACAAAGCAUGCUUUGAUGCCAAAGCAUGAAAUAUUAAAUGAGGAAGAAAAGCAAAAGCUUUUGAAGAAAUAUAAUGUUCAGGACAACCAGCUACCUCGCAUGCUGGAGAAGGACGCCGUUGCAAGGUACUAUGGGCUUGGGAAGGGAACAGUCGUAAAAGUCACCUAUGACCGCGAAAUCACCGGAUCUCACGAAACUUACCGCUGCAUUGUAUAGCACUAUCUGAAGAAACUAUAUAAGCACUUUGCUAUUUAGCUAUUAGAGAUAAAUUUGGGGAAUUCUUCGGGUGUUUUUGCAAAUGAUUUGAAGUUUAUAUGGCAUAAGUUAGCCAAAUGAUCUGUAGCAGAUUUAGUGAAUUAUUAGAUGAUUUUAUGUACGAAUUAUUAUUGUUAAAUCAUUAAGAUGUGUUUGGUAAAAA